AUGGAUAAAUCAGUGUUGAAAUUAUAUAAAUCAAUUCUUAGAGCUGGAAAUCAAUUCAAAGAUUACAAUUUUAGAGAAUAUGUCAUCAGGAGGGCUAAAUAGGAUUUCAGAGAAUUGAAGAUUAAUCCUGAUCUUAAAAAUUAGGUCAUGGAUAAGUACACCAAAGAAUUAGAGGUUGUUCGAAGACAAACAAUUGUGUAGAAUUUGUACUAUUAGAGCAAUAGUAUUCUAGAGUAGAAAUAAUGCACUGUAUGA